AUGCCGAACCACAUCCUCCCGAACCGGACAGGCCUGUCACGUGGCAAAAGGCGUGGAGACGGCGGUCACAUCUUCGCGUGGGUGCCCGAGAACACGUACGUGAAUCCGGGCCACAUCUCCUUCGGUUCGGAGUACUGCAUGUAUUCAGAAGAAAGCUACGAAUUCCAGGACACCAGAAUACCGAACCUCCUCCUCACGUACGCCGAACGACAGACGGAAAUGUACACGAACGACACGGUCGCCAUGAUGUCCGGGGGGGACCUGGCCUUUACCCGCGGUGACUGCCGAUUCCAGAAACAGGACGCGUUCAUCACUACAGCUAACCGGAUCUCGCAGGCGAUGCAGCAGCGAACACCCGUCUACGUGGUUCACUCGACGCCCGCCUGUUACAUUGAGGCGCUGCGCGCGAAGUCUAGGACAUGGCCUCGCUACUCGGGAGAUCUUCUACCAUACACGGACAUGCCGGGUCGCACCUGGACGGGGUUCUACACCACGAGGCCGAGCCAGAAAAUGUUGGUGCGAUACGCGAAUGGCUUCCUACAGCGAUUGGUUAGCACGACCCUGGUGUCGCUGUUGGAUCCGGGCAUUCUAAGGACCGACGAACUUGCCAAGCGGUUGGGGUUCUGCCACCUGCUAAACCAGAGUGACUGUAAGCACACCACGGCUAAUAACAAGGCUCCCCAGUUCGGCGUGGUCAUCUACAACCCGGCAAGUGCUCGGGUCUCGCCGUACGUACGCCUGCCACUAUCCACCGGCGAUUCAGUCGUCCUGAGCGUCACCGGACCAGGAGGCACCAAGGUCGAGUCGCAGGUUGUGCCGUUAGCUCCACACCGCCACAAGAUCCCGGAACGCCAGGGCAUGGCCGAGUCCUCGUUGGUGUUCCAGGCUAACGUACAACCUUUGGGGGCAAGCAUCUACCACGUGAAGAGCGGAAAGGUCACGACGAAGAAGCUCAGAAACUUUCUCGAAAUCCACGAGCAGGACAACUACAUCGAGAAUGAGAGGUACCGCGUCGAAAUAGAGCCCGGCACGGGCCUGGUGUCCACAAUCGUACUGCGGCAGCCCCAGGCGUCCGUCAAGCUCCACCAGUCGUUCGGCGCUUACGCGUACGGUGACGAUUCUCCCGAGCAGGUGCGCUCACCAGGCCACUAUGUGUUUAGCGCCUACAGUGAGGCUCGGGCGAUGGGGGACCAGGUCAUCCACCGCGUGGUCAAGGGACCCGUAGUGCAAGAGAUUCACCAGAUCUUCAACGACUACAUUUCGCAAGUCAUAUCGCUGCAGAAAAACAGUCCCUUCAUCGAGUUCACCUGGACCGUGGGGCCCUUGACAAAGCUUAUGGCUAGUACGGGCUGGGCUAAGAAAUCUGGCUGUGACGUAGUCAGCCAGUUUGAGAGCAACCUCAACAGCUCAGAAUUUUACACGGACAGCAACGGCUGGAAGAACAUGCGCCGUAUAAGGACGCUGCAAUCAUACGCGCUGCCGAUUCCUUCCAACUACUACCCCGUCACAUCGUGGAUAUACAUCAAGGACCGAAUCAAGGGGCUUCAGAUGAUGAUCCUUCCGGACCGGCCCCAGGGAGGCAGCAGCCUGCGCUCGGGACAGCUCGAGCUUAUGGUGCAUCGCCGCCACAACACCAACGACAACCUGGGGGUAGGCGAGGUCUUGCAAGAAACGGGCAGCGACGGUGCCGGCCUGGUGGCGAAAGGCACGCACCGGCUGUUCUUGGGCUCCAUAGCAGAAGCGGGACCCCUGCUGCGGCCGCAGGCACUGCAGCUGGUCUACAGACCACUUCUGGUGUUCGCUCCCGCCGGGUGGAGGCCAAAGAAUGAAAAGUUCACCGGACUACGGGCGCCGCUUCCAAGUACUGUACACGUGCUGACAUUGGAGAGGCUGUCGGCAAAUCAAGUGCUGCUUCGCCUGGAACAUCUCGCCGUCACCAAAGCGAUCGUCAUGCUCAACGUCACGCGGCUGUUGACGGGCCACCUACUGAAAGAUCUGCAACCAGUCACUCUGGCAGCGAACCAGUUCCUCUCGAACGCCACGCGACAACAUUGGCCAACAGGGAGGUUCGGUCAACAGCGGCCCCAAGUGGAGAGCGUGCGAAUGAUUGCCCCCGAAAUUAUGACGGUGCCGAGCACGGGCGACAACGUAGUCAGGCUCAAACCACGACAGAUAGUCACGUUUCUGGCUACCCUAGUCGACGAAUGACUUGGCGCGAGUGAAAGUCCGCAUAGCGUUAAAUGUAUUGAUGUUAUUCGUGUAUAAUUUUGCUAUACCAUCGCUCACGAAUCAUGAUAGAGUAGGGUAGCGUGUAUACGCCCCUUCGGAAGAGGGGGCCGGGGGGAGUUGCCUGCACUAUUGUGAAUGCGAAGAUAUACACUAAAAGCAAGAUCACCGACGAAAGUAAUUAUACUUUAAAGUGUUCACAUACAUCUUCAAGCACUUUUGAUUAGUGGUUUCUCAGUAUAGUUUCAAUAAUCUCUGUAAAUUUUUCUAGUAAACCAAGGCUGAAAAAAAAGACAGCUAGAUGUAUGCUUUGGCCUCAGUAUGUCAUCAUGCAGUGCGUUCGCUUCAUUUGUUGCUUUUGAGAACGUUUUACAUCAACCAUAUUUU